AUGGAAUCGAGAAGGAAGUCCACAGUCCACGUCAACUCCGCCAAAAGGGAAAAGGGGAGUGGCGUUUCAGCCCAUAUCGAGUUGGAGCGCCUAGAACAAGAAACCACAUUAGUUCUUCAGGAGAUCGACAGGAAUCUCUCCCAGGCCAAUGCUGUAAUCACGGACAAGAUUCUUCCUGUUUUGACUAGAUACCACUCAGCUCUGAGCAAUGUGUGGAGCAAUGUCUCAUUCUGGAAACGUUUCGUCGAAGAAGCUUCAGAAACUAAGGUCUGCCCCGAGGAGUCCAAGGUGGAUGGAGAUACUGCGCAGACUGAAUUUCAACAGACUGAAGGUACUUCGGGGAAGAAGGACGUGCUUAACGAACUAGAUCUGCAACAAAACUCGACCUUGACUUCAGACUUCCAAAUGGAAGCUUCCACUCCACAGCUCAAAUCGAGGCAUCUGCUCCAGCCCAGCACGUCCCCUCAAAGAUCUGCUACAAGAUACCCUCGUGUGCUGAUAUCGCCUCGAAAGCGUGGUUCUGGUCGCUAUGAUGCUACUGAUCCUAGAAGACUGUCCAUGCUUCAAAACUUUCUCAAUUCGUCCCCUACCCUUCCCGAACCUCCAAAACUCACAAGUGACGUGAAUCACCAUCUCCCGUCGAGCUCAGGGGUCUCUAAAACGAACCAUUCGGAUCCAGUCCCCAACCCUGCUGUCAGACUUUUGCUGCCGGCAGAGGUGACACCAAAAGGUCGUCAGAGGUUCCCACGAACACCAACUUUCGGAUCAGGCGCUGGAGUCGGUCGGUCGCCUAUGAAAAAUAUUCCCUCAUUACAGAGAGGAAAUGAAGAUCUGGAUCAGGUCUUACCUGUUCCAAGAAUGACUUCAAUUAAUCCAGGAGAUGACAGCGAUCAGGUGCCUCUUCCUCAACUCCAAACAAUCCUGGUAGGGGCUUCCGUGAAUCAUUCUCCCGCACAAAGAGAAGAAAGUCUGUCUAAACGAAGAAGAACCGAGGGUGAUGAAUCUGAGAACGUUUUUCUUGAUGCCAAUUAUAAAGAUGAUACAAAUAACAAUAGCAGGAGCCAUUCCAUUGUCUACAACACUAUCAGGGGCCAAAGUGAGCAGCAGGCUGCAGAUCAGGAAGCUGCAGACCAGGAGGAGGUUGAUAGCGGAGAACAAAAGUCAAAAUCAGUAUCUCAAAUCUUCGAGGACGUCUUACAGCCUUCUCCGGGAAAAGAACAACAAGAAAACGAGGCUGAAGAGAAUGCACCUAUUAACACCGCCAACGUUACACAAAAUUUGCUGAGAAGCAUUGAUCAAACCAACGAUAGUACGGUGAAUAGCUCAGAGCUUGGCUCAAUCCUCGGUGAGCGAUGGAAGGCUCUCACUCGGACACUCAGAAAAUCCACCUAA